AGAGAGAGAGAGAGAGAGAGAGAGAGAGAGAGAGAGAGAGAGAGAGAGAGAGGGGCAUAUAUAAUCACAGCACAACCCACCCUGAGCACUAUAAAUAACCCCUCACACCCCACCACCCGAAAGCGCACAUACGCACUUCUUCUUCCCAUUCUAACAUCAUCUUCUUCGUCGCUUCUAAUCCCUCUAUACGUCUCUCUCUCUCUCUCUCUCUCUCUCUCUCUCUCUCUCUCUCUCUCUCUUCUUGAACUUUCAAGUCCCAGCACCCAAAAGGUGAUCACUCGGGAAAAACCAUGGCUUAUAUUAUAUAUAUAAUAUAUAUCCUAUGGGCCUCCUCUGUUUCUCCUAUUGGUAUAUGUUAUCUCGUUGGUUAGGAUAGUAUGCUUUCUUGUUUAGGAGGACCGGGUCGAUGGUGUACUUCUUCCUCAACUCCUAUGGUGGGAAAAACUGAUGUAAUUUGGUCAUCCUUUUUGGUUACGUAGGGCCUUCCUCUCUAGCUAGUAACCAUACUUACACGUACCUAAUCGAGGGGUACUACUUCCCCUACGAGCAAAAGCCAUGGAGAGGAUCAACUCGAAGCUCUAUUUGCAGAACUGCUACAUAAUGAAGGAGAACGAGAGGCUGCGGAAGAAGGCGCAGCUUCUGAAUCAGGAGAACCAGGCCCUGCUGUCGGAGCUGAAGCAAAGACUGGCCAAGUCGAAUGCUGCUCCAAAUCCUAACCCCGUUCCCGACCUCAAUGCCAGCCCGCCGCCCACACCCAACAUGGCUCCUAAUACCAGCAAGCCCUGAUCCGAUGCCAUGACAAUUGUAUGUGGGGGUGGGUAAAGGGUUCUUUUUUGGGUUGCUUUUGGGUUACAUGUUAUGUUAGCUUUACAAACCUAAUGUAGUGUACUGGGGAUCCAUCGACAGCCUACAGCCUACAGGGCAGUUUCAGUUAUAUAUAAAUAUCAGUAUAUGUUUUGUUUGUUGAAUCUAA